AUGAACGUGAACAAGCGACCGAAAAUACCAAUUAUAAGAUGCGAUCAAUAUCAGGGAUCGCGGAAAGAAUCAGAAAUAUCCCCGUUAACAGAACAAAGUUGUCGCGGCUAUGCAUUGGACACGCUUCCGCCGGAAGUUUUGGAGAUGAUUCUUCGGUUACUUCCUCUUCAUGAUGUUGCUACUUCCGUUCGUUUAGUUUCUAGACACUGCUCAACGGUUGCAGCAGCAGUUUUAAAUGGCGCCUUUCUGAUGGCUUGCGCGAAGGUGGAUGGUAUAAUAAAGCGCAACGAGAACGUUAUGAAAACUACAAAAACGGACGCCGAAUUAUUUGCCUGUAGCAAAGCUUUAGACGCUCUAGAGCUGAUUAAAGCACAGUACAAGAUGCUACGAGCCGUCACUUGGAGGUAUACGCAUCCUCCAACGAAGCAACAAAAAUUUCCAAGGCUUUGUUUCUACGCUGGUAGUCUGCUCGACAACUUGAACGAGCUACUUAAUCAAAUUUCAAAGUAUCACUCGUCCAUCAUCGGUCCUCGUACAGCAGAAUCGACUAUCUCCUCUUUUAUAGCCAUCUGCAAACGGUUCAUGAACUUCUUUGAAAAAGUCUCUGAACGCAGAGUGAACAGAUCGGCCCUGAUUUCCGGAUGCAAGAUUGUAGACGUUCUGGACUGUCUCGUAGAAGGUCGACAAGUACUCUUUUUCAAAGUAUUGACUAACAAACGAGACACCGGGAGAAUUGUCAGCAUGAAAUUGAAAUACACAAUGAAACGCGCUUGGUUCACCAGUCUAGAUGUUUCCAAAAAGGCUGAAGAGAAUUCUUGGAGAGACGAACAACGUUUCAUGUAUCUUCGAUUACGACGUCUAGUAGGCAGUGUGAACGAACACCUCUUCGAGAACUUACAUUACGAACACGAAUUACUCUUACAGAUUCCUUUGACACUCUCAUUGAGACCUCCGCCAGCUUCCACUUACUCAGGAUACGGAGAAUAUGGUGGACGUUUCUUUUACUAUGGAAAUAUGAACAAAUACGCUUAUGAAAGCAAAUUUAUGCAGACAGUAAGCACGACGAAUUUGACAGUUGAAACGGAACAACAAGUCCAGAGGCCACCGUCUUUCGAUUUAAUAAUCGAAGUCGAACUGAAAUGCACGCCAGACUUGGCUCCAUUUGCUGUUAGAUCGAUAUUAAGAUCGGACGAGUUCGAAACUUAUGAGAUGAAAGCAUGCAGGAAUCAGCAACUUUACUUGCAAAUGAACGUUACGUGUCCAGCAUCGAUAGCUAAUAGAUUACCUGGUAAUUUUGUGUGGGAAUUGCAUAGUCCACGACGUGUACUUAUGGUGGAAGAUGUAUAGUGAAAUCAUAAAUUAAAACAUAAGUUGAGGUCACUAAUUAAAUAAGCAUAUCGAUUGAUCUAGUAGAAGAUAUAUAGGACUGUAUACGUUUAGACUGAAUGUAAAUACAUAAUUAGUCUGAGAAAGUCUUAAAAUAGAAAUUCCCAAAUUUCAGAUUACAAACAUUACUUAUAAAUUGAUUUAAAAUUUUUGUCUAUAACCUUGCAUUAAAAUUACAUUGUAUUAAUGGUCCAUAAUUAUUUCUACUUUAUAGUAAUAAUUAUAUUAGUGAACAUUAACCUAUAGCUGCAAAGAAAAAACUACAUGUCUAAUUUGAUAUUUUAUAUUCCUAAUAAGCCUAUGUUGCUAAUUUAAGUUUCAUAUCUCCCCUUAGAUUUUUUAUUAUUCUAUUAAUUCCCUUAGAAUUUUUAUUCCUUAGAAAUUUUUAUUUCGAUAUUCAAAACUAAUGUAUGUUUAAGCUUGAUUAUUUUUAUGACCUCACUACUUAUGUAUGUACAUCUCUUCUACCAAGAGUAUGUUAAAAUUGGUGAAUUAUUACAAUUUGUACAUUAAAGUAUUAUUAGGUACUAUGAAGUACUGUAAACAUACAUGUGCAUAUACACAUACAAAUGUAUACACGUACACAAACGUGUAUAUACAUACUUAUAUAUACAUUGAUAUUAUACAAU